CCCUCUAUCCUUCUUCUCCCUCCCCGUCGACCCCUCCAUAUGCUGGCUACCCCCCAGUUUUUUUUUUUUCCAAACCUCGAAAUCUUCUAAUCUUUCAAUCGUCUCUUGGCCCUUUUGCAGGUUGUCCGGCUAGACGUUGACCGUUGACCGACAUGCUCUUUACUUCUUUUCGGCCUCUCUCAUUCAGCCCCUCGUCUUUCCAUGUCUAGACUUUACGCAUCAGGCAUAUACGCCCUAUGAGAAAUCGCCAUGGCCGAGUCGUCCUCGCCAGACCAGCCGCCUCUUGACACGGCUCGCCAUAUCCGCUACUGGCAACGAUGCCUUCGAACUCUGCUCCCCCACCACUAUGUCAGCAACGAUAGCAUCCGACUUACCCUCGGCUUCUUCAUCGUCGCCGCUCUCGAUCUCCUAUCCUCGUCCUCCUCCUAUUCCGAGCCUCCGUCCGAUCCCCUCAAGGCAUCUCUCAUAACCCUGGAUGACCGCAAGCGUCUUCGAAAAUGGGUUCUAUCGCUUCAGCACCCCCUCGGCGGCUUUUGCGGCUCGCCCCACCACGUCCUUCCGAUUGACUACACCACCCGAUGGGACCCUGUCUCCGGAGCCACUGUUGCUGUCGAUCCCGCCAAUGCCAACAUAGCCGCCACCUACUUUGCCCUGCUGCUGCUGGGCAUCCUAGCCGACGACGACGGCUCCAGGGCCUACGAGGGCGUGAAACGCAUCGAGACGCUCCGCUGGCUCAAGAAGCUCCAGAGAGACGACGGAAGCUUUGGGGAGAUCAUUGACGAGGAUCGCUAUGUAGGAGGAGGCAGAGAUAUGCGGUACUGCUAUCUCGCGGCAACCAUCAGAUGGAUGUUAGGAGGAGCGGAGCUGGGUGAGGCUGAGGAUAUCAAUGUAGACGCGCUCGUCGCUCAUAUACGAAGAGCACAGACCUUCGACGGCGGCGUGGGCGAGACAUCCAUGCACGAGAGCCAUGCCGGGUAUGCAUAUUGCGCAGUAGCGGCUCUUUCUCUCCUCGACCUUGCCAACCCCGACGCAGCCACGCAGCCAAGGCGCUACUUACACGCCGGCAUCCCUUCGAUACCCUCUCUAGUAUACUUCCUCGCCUGCCGCCAAUUGGACUACCUCGACCGCGCAUCUAACGAGGAGAGCGAAGAGGACGCGCCCGAAAACCACGAGCUCCCCGACUUGUCGAACCUGAGCGUGACGGACGGGGCGCAGUUGGUCGGAUUCAAUGGUCGCCUCAACAAGGUUGCCGACACGUGCUACACGUGGUGGGUGAGCGGCGCGCUGUCGAUGCUGGGCGAGAACAAGGUGGUCGACCGCGGCCCGUCGAGAAAGUUCAUACUCGAGAAGACGCAGCACUUCAUCGGCGGGUUCGCCAAGCACCCGGGCGGCCCGCCGGACGUCUACCACGCGUACCUGGGCCUCGCGGCGCUCUGCACGAUGGCCGGCGCCGAGGGCGCCAAGGAGGAGGGUCUGGGCCGCUUCGACCCCCGGCUCUGCGUCGGCGCCGAGGCGGCCGCGAGGAUAGCGAAGGGCCGCGAGGGGCUGCUGGCGCGGUCUGGCGACGACGGCGACGACGACGAGCUGAGCGAAGACGAGAAGGAGGAGCUGGAGCAGAUCAAGAAGAAGCUCGACUGGGACGCGCGGAUCGCGCGGAUCGAGCGCCGCAGGGCGCGGUGCAGGGCCGCGGGCAAGGAUCCCAGGCGCGAGAUGACGCGGUGGAAUCCCUUUGACCCGCCUGAGUGGGCCAAGGACGACGAGGAAGCCGAGGCGGAGGAGAAGCAAGGUAGCACGACGCCGGGCCGGUGAGGCACGAGUCCGAGAACGAGGACGGGGCCACGAUAACGUUCAACGUAUGCACGCACGCACGCACGUAGUUGGUCGGUCGUCUGACCUUCCUAUUAGUUUAGGAACAGGGCGGAUGGACACAAACAGGAAUGUCAGAGAGCACACAGCUAGUUGGAGCUGAGCAUUGUUGUAGUUGCAGUGAUACCCUCU